AUGACAUCGUCUACAGAUAAAGAAGCAAUGAUAAUUAACUCACAAGUUGGCACUCACAAAUUUGCAUCUGAACCUGAUUCAGGAAAAACAGAUCCAGGAAAAACAGAUCCUAAACCAGGAUCAAAUCCAACUGAAACCACCAAUGGUAAAGAAGAUGGAAGUGAUGCAAAAACAGGUGGUGGAAAUGGAGGAAAGAUUGCUGGAGCAGUGAUUGGUGUUUUGAUCGUCAUUGCAAUUGUCUGUGUUGUUGUUUUCUUUGUAUUGAAGAAGAAGAAAGCUUCAGAAGAAAAAGAUUCAAAUGAUGACCAAGUACAUGAAGAUGCAUCAAGAGAUGAUGCAGCCAAAGUUUAA